ACAAACUAAAACUGCCAUUGAAUCAAUUAAUUUAUUUAUGAAUCAACUUUGUCAACCGCGUGAUAAAUUUGAAAAUGAAAUUUUACAACAGUCUUCGCAUUAUUGUAGAUUAUAUACGAUUAUUUAUUUAACAUUGACUAAUCUUUCUGCAAUGUCAUUUUUUAUAUUUUCACCGUCAAAGAAAAAUAAUUUUAAAUUACCAUUUAAAGUUUGGAUUCCAUAUAGUUUGAAUUCAAGGGCAUUGUAUUUUUUAACAUACAUUCAUCAAGGUCUAUCGACAAUAUUGGCAGUUUGUGUAACAAGUUCAGUUGAAACAUUGGCAUUAGUAAUAAUUCUACAAAUUUGUGCCCAAUAUGAAAUGUUAAUUUAUCGUUUAAAUUUAUUGCCCGAAUUAUCUAAAAAAAAUUAUUCAAAAUUAUUAACAUAUCAAAUGGAAUCGAAAAUUUUAAAAGACUGCGUCAAUCAUCAUAUUCAUAUUUUUUCAAUUGCAGAAAAAUUAAAUGAAUUAUUUAGUUUUGUGAUUUUUGCACAAUAUUUUGCAUCAAUGACAACACUUUGUACUGUUACAUUUCAAUUGUCAAAAUUGUCUUCAUUUGAUUCAAAAAGUUGGGGUUUAAUAUCAGUAUUAUUAAGUUCUUUAAUGCAAAUAUUUCUCUAUUGUUCAGUUGGCGAAACAAUUAUGACAAAGAGUUUGGCAAUUAUGGAAAAAAUUUACGAGAUAAAAUGGUCAAUGAUUACAAAUCGAACAAAAAGAGAUUUAAUUGUUAUUAUGAUUCGUGCAUCAAGACCUGUAAAAUUUAUGGGAUUCAAAAUGGUCAUUAUGUCAAUAGAUACAUUUGUUCAAAGUGUAAAAAUGGCAUUUUCUGCUUACAAUUUGCUAAAAGGUUUCUAAACAAUGUCAGUCAUUAUAAUAGCA